GAGUUCGGUGACGGUGGAACAGCCAAUGAACACAAACGGUACGUCGUGACGCAACAGGGCACCGUUGAUAAGGAGCGGAGAGUCCAACCGGGACCGGAGAAGGAGGAACGGCUGUUUUGGGGGGCAGAGAACAUUCGCCUAUCAUCAGUCAACGUAAGGCCAACUCCUCCUCUUCUGCUGUUACGCACAUGUACACAGACUCCUUGGCAAAGACUAAACAUGAAUUAAAACGACUACUGUGAGGGAAAAGUGCUUCUCGCGGACGGACGGAAUUUACUGAGCGAAAGUUUUUUUUUAUCUGCAAAACUGUUUUGAGUGACAUAAAUUAUUCUUCAACCAUCAACUUGGACUGAUCAGCCUGGAGGAGGACAGGGCGCCUGUCUCACAUGCUCCCUCGCAGCUUUUUUGGAAAUAUUAUCUUUAUGAAUGCGAUGUAAAUGUGAUGCUGUUCAGCCUGGGCAGAGUCACUUAUACACAGCUAAUUUAUUGUCGCACAUUGAAAGGCUGAAACAUUACUCCCGGCAAGGAGGAGACUAGAUCCUGAGAGCCGCGCAGCGGAGGCUUCCUUAGUUGGUAUGUUUAUUUACCGUAAAUGGAAAACAGACUGAAAGAGCCAUCUGAUAAUAACAACAAAAGAUCCAGAGAGUAAAUAAAAUCAAACCUGAGCAAGGCAGAAUCGGCGCUGUAAUUUAUGAAAUAAUCAUAGUUGAUUAAUAAUGAGAGCUACAGCGAUUCGGGUGAUGUUUUCCAUUGGCAGAUGAGACAUAGUGUGGAGAACACGUGUCCAAUUUUUCCCUCAUAUUUUUCCUCUCUGUUCUGGAUUUCUCACUUGCCACGGCAAGGAAGGAAAGCCGUUUUUUGAGAUUUUGAGUGGCACUAUUUUCAGGAGAACCCAUUUUCUUUGCCUCUGAUGGACAUCUUGGCCUGCAGAUCCGAAGAGAACAGUUAUAAUAUUCUCCCCUCCGCGGCAACGAUGCUUUUCCAUGGCCUCCCUGGAGGCGACGUGCACGGCGUGGUGGAAGAAGUGGAACGGAGAGGAAAGAACGAGUCAGCGGCCAUCAGCUCAGCUAUCGAUAUGGGGGAGUCAGAGACGUCCAUGCCGUGUAUGACCAGCGAGCGCCUGGCUCUGUGCGCGGGCUGCGGGAGGAAGAUCGCGGACCGGUACUACCUGCUGGCUGUGGACAAACAGUGGCACAUGCGUUGUCUUAAGUGCUGUGAGUGCAAACUCAACCUGGAGUCGGAGCUCACCUGCUUCAGCAAGGACGGCAGCAUCUACUGCAAGGAAGACUAUUACAGAUUUUCGGUGCAGAGAUGCGCGCGGUGCCACCUGGGAAUCUCAGCGUCGGAGAUGGUGAUGCGAGCCCGAGACCUGGUCUACCACCUCAACUGCUUCACAUGCACCACCUGUAGUAAAAUGCUCACCACCGGAGACCACUUUGGCAUGAAGGACAGUCUGGUGUACUGUCGGCUGCACUUUGAGACUCUCAUCCAGGGAGAAUAUCAGACACAUUUUAACCACGCGGACGUUGUUCCACACAAAGGCCUGGGCCCGGCCAACACACUCGGACUAUCCUACUUUAACGGGGUGGGAACAGUGCAGAAAGGCCGGCCCAGGAAGAGGAAAAGCCCUGGGCCGGGAGCCGAGCUGGCAGCUUAUAACGCAGCAUUAAGCUGCAAUGAAAAUGACGGUGAGUCCAUGGACCGGGACUCUCAGUACAGCUCCAGUCAGAAAACCAAGCGCAUGCGGACUUCCUUCAAACACCACCAGCUGAGAACCAUGAAAUCCUAUUUUGCCAUCAACCACAAUCCAGACGCCAAGGACCUCAAGCAGCUCGCCCAGAAGACCGGCCUCACCAAGAGGGUCUUACAGGUCUGGUUUCAAAACGCUCGGGCCAAGUUCAGGAGAAACCUGCUACGACAAGAGAGCACUGGGGUGGACAAAGUCUCUGAUGGCUCAACGCUGCAGGGUGGGACGCCAUCAGGCCCAGCCUCAGAGAUCUCCAACGCCUCCAUGAGCCCCUCCAGCACCCCCACCACCCUGACGGACUUGACAAACCCCACCAUGCCCACCGUCACGUCGGUUCUCACCUCAGUGCCGGGUGGCCUAGACGUCCAUGAGUGCCGGAGCCCUUCACAGACCACGCUAACCAGCCUCUUCUGAUGGAUGUGGUCGUUCUCCUCAUCGCUUUCCCUCAUCAUCUUUGCCACUACUCCGCCCUCCUGGAUCUAAAACUGAGCGCUGUUGACUCCUUCAGACAUUAAACGGAUUAGUAAAAAAGGUAAUGGAAAAAAGAUUUUGUUUUGCCCUGAGCCCAUUAGAGACUAUUUGCAUAGUGAGAUGGCCAAGCCUUACACAUGAAACAAUUGUUGUUUUUUUGAUGUUGUUGUCUUGUUGAGAACUGAGAGGAAUUAAUUUGCAUUUUUCAAUGUUUACAGAAAAAGACUGUGGAAAAAACUGCUUAAUUUUCAGAAAUUCCUUUUUUCCAGCACAGUAUUUUUGUUGUUGUACAAGAGUCACUGUUAGACGGACUGUAAAAUAAUUUCUUUUUGGAAAUCUGAUUAAAUUAAACACAGGUUAAAAUAUCCUAUAAUCGCCUUACAGUCCUUUUAAUCUCGUUAGUCACGUUUACUGUUGUGCAUGUACUCUUGUGGGUCAUGCUUAUUUCUUUUAUGCAUUUGCACACCUACGCAUACAGGCUUCACUCGCAUGAUAAACUUUGAUUUGCUUGUAUUCUUCUAGACAACACAUAAACUGUCACUAUGUUCUUUAACUUUUUGUACUUUAAUUUCAAUUCAAACUUUACUCAAAAGCUACAGAUUACUAUGUUUUAACAGCAGUGAUUAAGCUGCACACAGAUCCAAAAACAACCAAAAAACAUUUGCUGUAAGUCAACUGAACUGGCAACUUUACUCUGUUGUCUGUCACUACAUACAUCUUUUAAAUCUGCAAAUGUGAAGUAAAAUUCCAACACACUGGAAUAUUAAUUUAGUGGAUUGAAAAUUUGAUUAUAAUAAUUAAAAUGAUAUCAUCCAUUUCAUUUACAGACUUUGCAAAAUAGCAUUUCUAUUUUCUUAAAAGCAAUCAAGAGUAGGCAAAGCAAUUUCCCUCUGGAAUUAAUAAAGUUUUUCUGAAUCUUGAAUUUAUGAAACGAAGGCUUUUUCUAUAUAGUGGUGCAAUUAAUCGAUGCAAUUUUUAUUCUGAAAAGGUCUGUGGAGCCAAAUCACAUAAGUGAAGAUGUGUCCUGGGAGGUAUUGUAUGAUAGAUAAUAACAGCUGUGAAUGGAACGUGAGCUGUAGCUCAGCCCCACAACCCUCACAGAGCCACCACAUCAGAAGCUGGUGCCUUUAGUUUACAAAGCAAUAUUCAAAAACAUCUACCGGGCAACAGUGGAGAGAAAAAACUCCAAUCCCCCUUUAAAAGGAAGUAACCCUAGGUUCAGGGUGGGCAGCCAACUUCCACUCUUCAGCCACAGAGCAUUGACAGCAACAACAGGUAGCAAACAGAAUGCAGGCCUCACUAGAAACAAAGCUCUGAGUCUGACAAUGAGCAUAGAAACAUACAGUAUGGCGUGAGAAAGAUGCACAACUACAAGGAUGCAUUAAAAUGUUAGGGUAACAGAAGGUAGAAAGGUGGGAAAAAUAGAGGAGCUCAGUGUGUCAAGGAGGUCCCCCAGCACAGAGAUGGUACAGAAUGACCUGAGCCCCCUCUAACCAUCACAUCACUUCAUCACAAAGGAAGAUUCUAAGUUUGGUCUUAAAAGCAUAGAGUGUAUUUGCCUCCCAAACCUGACCGAGGAGCUGAUUUCCCCAGAGGAGUUCAGUUCUAAAGCUAAAGGCUCUGCCUCCCACUUUACAGUAAGCAACACUUUGUCUUGUCGCUUUCACAUCUCCAGCACCACUGCAGCACCGUGGCUGAAUAUGAUGCAGUACACAGCUGCUCUACAACUGCCUUUACUUUAUUUACUAUAUUAGUGUAUACCAUAAUAAAUAAUACAUCACCGGUGUUGAGGAGCUAAAGUGAAAACUUGAGAUUGUUUGACUGUGUGAAUGGGUCGGAUUCACUUCCCCCACUGAAGAUGGAUGCGAGUGUGCUGUACAUUACUUUCUAACCGUGGCUGCAGCAGCAAAACUACUUAUGGCCAACCAACCAAGACCACAAUCAACCAACUAACUCUAAGAAACCCUAAUCAACCAACUAAACAACCAGCCAACCCUAACCAACCAAUAAUAAACUGUUAUGAAACUUCUUCCUGAUUUACAUUUCUAAACUGCGGGUUAUUUCAUUCGACAAUCAUAGUUUUUAUUGUAAUUAGGGAAAAUCAGUCAGAACAAGGAGAUCUAGUUUGUAGUGUGUCUGUGUAGUAAAAGUUUAGCAGUAUCUGUGGCCUGGUGCCAUAGCUCUGACACAAUUUCUGUAAAACAUCAAUAAUGCAAUAAUAAUAAUAAUAAUAAUUUAAUUUACUUUUAUUUCAAUAGCAGAAGUCCUGACAUUAUUGCAAAUGUUUAAUGCAUAUGAAUACAAAAUCUGCACCAAUAAGCUGAGCUGUUAGUGUAAGCUCCAUUAUCAUUAAGGAUGAGGAGUGCAUGCGGCGCAAGUGGCCAUCAGAUACGAGAAACUAAUACAGUAAGUGGUACCACUGCACUGUGUCUGUGUGUAUGUGUGUGCAUGCGUGAGUGCGUGCGUUUGUUUGUUUGUUUUAGGCUGUUACUCAAGGAAUUCCAUCAAGUCAAACGAACAUAUGAUGUGUCGGCCAAGCCUGGCUGACACCUCAUCUCAGAGUAGUAUAAGGACAAAACAUAGUCCAAGCUAUAAAUUCUCUGCUAGAAAAAAAGCUGCUUGGCUGCUGCUUCAUGUUAAUGUGUGAUGUGAAUGUGAUCCAGCAAUUACAGGGAAAGGAAGCAUCUUGGCAGCAUCACAGAGAAUAAACAAAAGACAUUCAUAGCUGAAAAUGUAUUGUGUGUUAAUGGAUGAUUGUGCUUUUAUUUUCCUAUAAACUGUUAUUAUAAGCACAAUGAACUGACUUUCCACAGCAGCUUCGUACGGCCCAGUAUUCGGCCACUACUGUUCUUGGUGAAGCCAAUGCAGAAAAUUAAGAUUUAAAAGUCAAACCAUAGCUGAUUUUAUUUCUUGUGACAUUUUAAAUAUAUGUUUUUUUAAUAAAAACUGUGGUUAUCUGUUUCUGGAUAAGAGAAAAAAAUCACUAUUCAUCAUGGCCCAGCUGCUUUUCCUGUUAUGGGUUGCAUAUGUGAACCAAUUCUACUGUACCUGUACCUGUCAUAAGCCAGAGGUGGGAUCUGUCCAGGUUUACAGUCUGUUAUAAAAAGACAAAGUUUAACAUAACUUAUAAGUACAGUACAGCUGGACAUUAAAAUCCAGGCCACUCAGUCUGUGGAAUAAUACUGCGCCAAUUUACAGUACCGCCCUAUUCCAGUGUCCUUAGCAGCUGUUGUCCUUGUUGGACAACUUCCAGCUAACUUUUAGCCACAGCUGUCUUCUGUGCUUCAAGGAAAUUUAAAGCAGCAACAUAGUUCGAUGCUGUUCUACAGUAGUUUUCUAAUUCUAAUUUAAUCAUCACACACUGCAGAUGUAUGUGUGUGAAUGUCAACGGCGCUGGCCACUAUAAAUCAGGGGGCACUGUUCCUAAAAUGUGAAAUGUUAUAUGAAAGAAGCAAGGUUUUAUUAAGGUGGAAUAUUCUACUUUUUUCGAAUAAUCAUUUUAACUAUAUAUAAAAGUAAGCAAUUUAAUUCUAGCUCAGAUUUUCUCUCUUUCUCUUAUAUAUAUACACCGUUCAAACGUUUGGGGUCACUUAGAAAUGUCCUUAUUUUUGACAGAAAGGCACUUGUUUUGCAAUGAACAAUUCAGAAAUACACUGUUUACAUCGCUAAUGUGGUAAAUGACUAUUCUAGCUGCAAAUGUCUGAUUUUUGCUGCAAUAUUUACUGUCACUGCAGUGUAGUAAUGGUACAAUGUGUCUGCUCAUUGCUUCAGAAGGCCCAGAUUACCAGAUUACCUCAACAAAUUAACAUCCAAAAUGCCAAAGGCCUGCAAUGCUGUAAUUGCUGCAAAUGGAGGAUUCUUUGACGAGAGCAAAGUUUGAGGAUUAAAAAAAUUAUUAUUUCAAAUACAAAUCAUUAUUUUUAACCUUUUCAAUGAGACUAUAUUUUCCAUUCAUUUUACAACUCAUGCUGGUAAAUAAAAGUGUUACUUGUAAUGGAAAACACAAAAUUGUCCCCAAACUUUUAAACGGUAGUGUAUAUAUGACUGAAUGAAUUUACAUUAAACGUCACCUCUUACCUGGUAUUUAUGUGAUAAAAUUACGUGGAAAACACGUAAAUUACAUAAAGUUCAAGUUUUAGGCAUGAUUACUUUUUGAGUGUAGCAACAGGCUUUCUCAUGAUGCAGGUUGUGUAGAUAAAACAUUAUAAUCUAUUACACUAGCUCUGUUGUAUUUAAUCAGACAUUUAUUAAUUAUCAUUUACAACCAUACUGUAAAUCCCUAAAACAUGACUUCAUCUCGGUGGGUCAUGAUUCCACGAUAGAGACUGUGAUUCACAUUCAGGAUUCCUGGUUCGUUACAGCUCUGUGUUGGAUAUUUGAUUUAUUAUUAAUCGUAUUUUGUGAGCCUACAGUUGCAAUAAUUAACCAUGACAUGGUUCCAGUAACCUGAUGUUGCUAUUACUUUGCAAAUCAAGGUUUUAAAUCCCUGAUUUAAAUCUUAUUUCUAAACGCCGUUAUCACAAAGUUGCCUCCACAUUUCUAGUUCACUGCAGCAUAACGGCCUGUCAGACUGCAGUGCAGGGAUUCAUUUCUUAUGUGUCAUGCAGUAUAGUUCAUAGCAAUAUAGUUAUAUUUAUACAGUAUAGUGCACUAUACAGUAGCUGAUGCACAGUAACCCACAGACACACAACUGCUGUAUAGCUACUACUGUAUGUCCCAGAAGCUGUUUAUACAGUACAUUAAUUACAGGACUGUAAUUAAUGUACAAUAUAUCAUUUCUCAGUUUGGCAAAAUACAGUUUUACUGUAUCUCAACAUGUCAUGAAUUAUACAGUUUGACAAUGAAGUGAUAAUAUUGGUGGGAUUGUUUGUGGACAUGCAGCUAAAUGUUAAAACAAUCUUGUAUCAAGUUUGUCUUGUAAAGUAAAACUUCCAUGCGGCCAUACAGUACCUUGAGGAGAAGACCAAGAAUAAAACUCAUUCUGCUGGGUUGGUUCUCAAGGAAGCUUGGUUACUAUAUAGUAUAAGUACACUAGGUGUGUGAAACCAAAAAGACUUCCCUGACACAAAUUUCCAUUUAGUGACCCUUUUUGUUGCUUUAUCUUCUCUAUAGCAGGUGGCAUUUUAUUGCUACAUCGCCUGCUAUUCUUCUAGCCGCUAGGUGUCUCAUGAACUGUUACUGGUACAUUUCUUGAGACUGAUUCUUUUGUGCUGCCUAGUCCAUAACACAGUUUCCUUCUUUCUAGAUAGUUAAUUCUGCUAUUUUUAAAGUAAAUUCUUUAUUACUUGUUUUUGUUAAUUGAAAGGGGUUUAUUCACUUGGAUGAAUGUAUCCCUGGAACAUAAGAAUUCAUCACUAGUUUGGACAAACUCUUGGCCCAAGCCUAGUCUAGGAGCAAUUAACAUUUGUCUGUUUUUUUCUUUUGAAGGGGUUUUUGGUUACCCAUCUUAUAAGGAUUAUGGAGUCAUGGUACAUAGGAGAACCCUUUCAGAAAGAUGGAGAUUUACCUGUUAACUACAUUUCCUACAAUCCUCUGCACAUCAGACAUUUUGCUCCUUCACCCUCAGGGUAGGAAUAUCACUUCAUCCUUAUCCUAGGCCUUACCCUGGUAACCGUCCUAGUGACUGAAUCCUACACUGAACAUUUAGUCCUACUGUACACAGUGAUGACACUAGAUAGGAAAUUAACAUAGAAAUCUUGCUUCUAUUAACUCAGCUCUCAUCAUCACAUUAAACAACAAUACUAUAUUUAUAAUACCAUUCUGUAAAUUCAAUCUUUUUUUUCAGUGACACGCCACCCAUUGAGCAUACACUUUUGUCCCACAUGCAGAAGGUUGGAAGAUUUGGAAGUAUGAUUCAAGAUUCAAAAAAACCUUUAUUCAUCACCGAGGGAAAUUGUUUUGCCAACUUUUGAUUGCUUUCACAAGUAGAAGCUAGUGUAGAAGCGACGAUGGGCCCUCAAGAUAGUCAAACCAACCAGUUAGCGUUGUGAUCGGAAGCUAUCAGUGAUGAUAUAGGACACAGCUAAUAGCCAAUGUCCACAGUAUUACAGUAUUUGGAGAGGCCAUUGUGCUUUUUAUGGUUAUGUGAAUGGAACAAAGCACUCUUUGGGUCAUUGCUAAAGUGACAGACAUAGACACUGGGCAGAAAGCCUCAGGUGAUUACUUGUAAUGCAGAUACUGUCUCCUCGUGGACAAAUGGAAAAACAACACUCCAGCCUGGUGAUGUGGGCCCAUUUCUCACAGAUAUGUUUGGCAAAAAUAAAAACAUAAUGAUGCUAUUGUGUUUUUUCUGAUUUAAUGUGCAUUUAACUAAAUAGUGUGGGUCAGCAAAGCAUGUGGAGCAUUUUCUUUUCUUUUAGUUUCGAAAAAUGACCCAACAUCCUGUUAAUGUUAAUAAAUGUAUAUAUGAUCAUUCUUA